ACCACUGAGCAAAUUGCAGAGCUCAAAGAACUCAUACCCCCAUCCUCUGCACCUGUCAUCGCAAUCGAUCUUGAUGACGUGUUGAGCAGUACCAACGCUGCCGUAGCGCAAUGGCACAACGAGACUUAUGGUACCCAAAUGACCACCGACCAUUUUUAUUACUAUUUCUACUGGAAGGCAAGUAGAAAUCCAUUUUGGGGAACGCCUCUCACCACGCGCACAAAGGUCAAAGGGUUCUAUGCCAGCGGUCAGAUGGCACAGACGCAGCCCGUACCCGGUGCACGCGAGGGCGUAGAGACCUUGCGUGCGCUGGGCUAUCGCUUGAUCAUCGUCACAGCUCGAGGCAAAGAUUCCCACGCUGAUAGCUGGGCUUGGGUCGAACGUUGGUUCCCUGGAUGCUUUCAUAGCAUGAUAUGCACUGGUCAGUUUGCGAAUGUUGGAAAGCCUGCGACAGAUGGCGUAGACGCCUUGACAAGUGCACGAAAGAGCCAUGAGGUCGCCACGCAAUUGAGCAAAGCGGAAGUCUGUAUUGACAUCGGUGCCAAAUUACUGAUCGACGACUCGAUGGAAAACGCGCUGGCCUGCGCCUAUCAUUUCCCGUUAGAUGGGGUAACAAAGCCUCCUCCGGUACUCCUGUUUGGCUCGUAUGAGUGGAAUAAGCGUCUUUCGCUUGCUUCUGACGAGUGCAAUGACAUGGUUUAUGAAGUUCGUUUACAAAAAGAAGGAGGAACGUCGUUCCUGGAAGAAGACGUCAAACAAGGGGACAAGGCAUUGGAGCAAGCAAACACUCAUCUUUCGGUGCGCCGGGCUAAAGAUUGGAGUGAAGUCGUGCGAUAUGUC